UCACCAACUGUCCCUCUUGUCCCCGCAGUUCCGGGAGAAGCUGCAGGACGUGCUGCCCUCCCUCCCCUCCCAGGACGACUAUUUCCUCCUGAAAUGGCUCCGAGCGCGCUCCUUCGACCUGCCCAAGGCAGAGGCGAUGCUCCGCAAGCACAUCGAGGUCCGCAAGCACAUGGAUGCCGACAAUAUCAUCACCUGGGAGCCGCCUGAGGUGAUUCGGAAGUACAUGUCCGGCGGGAUGUGCGGCUACGACCGGGAGGGCAGCCCGGUGUGGUACGAGAUCAUCGGGCCGCUGGACGCCAAGGGGCUGCUGUUCUCCGCCUCCAAGCAGGACCUGAUCAAGAACAAGUUCCGGGACUGUGAACUGCUCCGGCACGCGUGUGACCAGCAGAGUGAAAAGCUGGGCAAGAAGAUUGAGAUGGUGAUGAUGGUGUACGACUGUGAGGGCCUGGGCCUGAAGCACCUCUGGAAGCCAGCUGUGGACACGUAUGGGGAGAUCCUGUCCAUGUUUGAAGAGAAUUACCCUGAGUCUCUCAAGCGCCUCUUUAUUGUGAAGGCCCCCAAGCUCUUCCCCGUGGCCUACAACCUGGUCAAGCACUUCCUGAGCGAGGACACGCGCAAGAAGGUCGUGGUGCUGGGAUCCAACUGGAAGGAGGUCCUGCAGAAGUACAUCGACCCCGCGCAGAUCCCGGUGGAGUACGGGGGGACGCUGACAGACCCUGACGGGGACCCCAAGUGCUCCAGCAAGAUAAACUACGGGGGGGACGUGCCCCAGCAUUACUACGUGCGGGACCAGCUGGCACAGAAGUAUGAACACUCGGUGGUGGUCAACCGGGGCUCGUCCCACCAGGUCGAGUAUGAGAUCCUCUUCCCCGGCUGCGUUCUCAGGUGGCAGUUCCGCUCCGAGGGUGCUGACAUCGGCUUCGGGGUGUACCUGAAGACCAAGGUUGGCGAGCGGCAGCGGGCGGCCGACAUGACCGAGGUGCUCCCGAACCAGCGCUACAACGCACACAUGGUGCCCGAGGACGGCUCCCUCACCUGCACCACCCCCGGCAUUUGUGAGUGCCGAGCCCUCCCCGGGGCGCUCCCUGUAUCCCCCCAGGCCCACGGGCAGGACCCCACACGUGUGGGGGUGGCCGUGGUGGACACCUUCGUGUGGCAGAGCCUGGCCUCGGUGGCCAUCCCCGGCUUCACCAUCAACCGGCUCUGUGCUGCCUCACUGGCCCUGCUGGGGUCCCUCACCCGCUGGCCCCUGCCCGUGCGCCGCUGGACCACCACUGCCCUGGGGCUGGCUGCCAUCCCCCUCAUCAUCACCCCCAUUGACAGGACUGUGGAUUUCCUGAUGGAUUCCAGCCUCCGCAAGCUUUACAGGACACCAGGAGAGCCCCCGACAUCCCACUGAGCACCGCCCCACGCGCUCUGGGGAAACUGAGGCAUGCUGCUCUGACCCACCUACUGUGACCCCUCACUCUGGUGACCCCCAGAGUGGCCACCCUGCCCCACACUGGUCCUAAUAAACCAUUUCAAACAUGA